AGCUGACAUACCUAUUUAAUUUGUCAUGGAUAUUAAUAUGUCUAUGCUGCGGGACCGUACCGGUCCAAGCUCCGAGCCGAUCUUAUCAUAGGCAGUAUCCCGUGAAAAAUGAAAAUAUUUAUAAGUAUGAAUAGUAUGAAGUAUACAUAGUUUGAAUUAUAGUUAAAAGUUAUUAGUUACACGUCGGACGUGAAUAUAGCCACAUUAAUUAUGCCAAAAGUCCGUAGAAGCCGGAAACCGCCUCCUGAUGGGUGGGAACUUAUAGAACCUACUCUAGAGGAAUUGGAGCAAAAAAUGAGAGAAGCUGAAACCGAAUCGCAUGAGGGCAAACGUAAAGUAGAAGCAUUGUGGCCAAUUUUCAAAAUUCAUAACCAGAAAUCAAGAUAUAUUUAUGAUUUGUUCCAUAGACGUAAAGCUAUUUCUAGAGAAUUGUAUGAUUUUUGCCUUCAAGAAAAAAUUGCUGAUCAAAAUUUAAUAGCAAAAUGGAAGAAACAAGGUUAUGAAAAUCUAUGUUGCCUUCGUUGUAUUCAAACUAGGGAUACAAAUUUUGGAACUAGCUGUAUAUGCAGAGUCCCAAAAUCUAAACUAGAAGAAGGUCGAAUAGUGGAAUGUGUGCAUUGUGGAUGUAGAGGUUGUUCUGGCUAAACAUACACUAAAUACUAGUUAAAUCAUUAUUGUAUUAUUUUUAUUCUUAAUACGUGUAAUGAAUUUAUUUCUAUAUUAAUAUGUGUGCGGUAUAAGACUGAAAUUAAAACAGCAUACUAACUGAAACCUCAAUAAGUUAGAUAUUUUUUUAAUUUCCAUUAUGAUAAUGUAAAUUAUGAAUUCCAUUCAUUUUUAAGAUAAACAUUUUUAAUAACAAAUA